GGGUUUCUAAUCAAAGAUUUUAAUAUUCCAUAUGGAUAAAAAUUGCUAGCAAUAGGCGAUAGAAUAUUCAUUUAGCAAUUCGAUAUAUUUUUAUGCUAUUGUCAUAAUGCCUAAAACUAAGCGACGUCGCCGAAAUACUUCAUCAAAAAAACAACGAACAUUGAACGGCACGGACGGACGGCACUGCCGAAAAGAUGACAAAAAGUACGAGAAACGUUCUGAAGACAAACGUGUGGAUAAGAGAAAACAAAGAAAUAUUAAAGCAAAUAAAUCUCCUCUGUCCAAUGAACGAAUACGCAAAUCGCCAACUCUUAAGGGGCCACUUGAUUCCGAACACCAUCGUUUGCUAUGUCUGCCCGGCUUAUGUCCAUCUGUAGGCCCGGAUGAAAUCUUUGAUCAUUUCGGUAGCUUUGGCAUUGUGGAACGGGUUAAAGUACGUUCACGAUCGAAUAAAUUUUAUUAUGCACUGAUUCUGUAUGCUCUAAGAGAUUCCAUUGAAAGAGCCAUAAAUGCAAAUCCCCAUCAAUUUGGUGAUCAGCAAUAUUUUUGCCACAAGACAAGGCAAGGUCAGAGCAUAUCAUCAAAAAAACACCAUCGCCCCAGAGAAAGCCAAAAAGAAGAACCUAAACCAUCGGAAAAUCAAAUUAAUAUACCGUCAAGAUCUUCAACCACUUCAAGUAAUUUACCCACAGACUUGGAAUAUCCUUUUCGUUCCUAUUUAUAUGUUGCCUCUUGCCAAUCACAAUCUAAUCUCUGGUUAAAUAACACAGCUGAGGAGAAAACGACUGAUGCAACUCCUGUUUGGCCCAAAUCGGUUCAAAUUCUAAGGGAUUUGCGACUAAGAGAAUCUCCAUUAUUAGCUAAGAAAACUAAUUUACCUAAAUAUGGUAAACAUGGUCCAGCAACUCCGCCGAAGCUGGUGAAGGCUCGAUUGUCUAUUCCUUUGAAGACCCUGCCUCCGCCUUCACCACCCCCCACGAUGUGUAACCAGGGAAACUUGAAAAUGGAUAAAUCGGAUGCUUGUGUAUUGGCUUGGUCCAGUUUGUAUGAAAAUUAUCAAUUUGUGCGCCAUAGCUACGUUGACCCAACCAUCGCUUAUGGCCAAGAAGUGCCGAUUGAGCAUCGAAUUGAAUUAACAGCGGAUAAAUAUGCAGCCAUCACUUAUCUAGGGAGGGAAUUAGAGUACAAUUAAAAUGAAAUGCAUUUCAUUUGAUUCAGUUAAUUAGCUUGAUUGCUUUCAUUCACAUGAUUAAACAGAUUUGUAUUAAGAAAAUAAACGAAUAUUGAAUAUAAA